GAAAAACUAGCCGAACGCCAUUUCCAUAGCGAGAAUUAACCAAGUACUGAGUCUGAGCUUUGUUAUUUGUUUACAUCGUUCAAUUGCAGUCUCAGGUCACAACUCAUCAGUGAGUAGUUGGAGUCCGUCGUUUCCGUUUGCUGUCGUCGUUUACGGCUAACGUAGUAAAAUGUCAGAGUACUGGAAGUCAAAUCCUAGAAAAUUCUGUGACUUUUGUAAAUGUUGGAUUGCGGAUAACAAGCCAAGUGUCGAUUUCCAUGAAAGAGGGAAGAGACACAAGGAAAAUGUACAAAUUCGAUUGGCGGAGAUGGCGAAGAAAGGCAAGGAAGAGUAUGAAGCACAACAGCAAGAAGGGGAUUUUCUUAGAGCCAUGGAAGAGGCAGCGCUGAAGGCUUACAAAAAUGACAUAGAGCAAAAUCCGGAUAUGACAGGAUCAAAGAUAUCAGAAAUUGCUUCAUCAAAGAAUGCAGAGAUAGUUGUUGCAACAAAGAAACCCACAGAGGAAAAGAAGCCCAAGGAAGCUAUACCUGUUAAAAAGUGGUAUGAAGCAAAGUCACCUGAAGGGUCUUGCUAUUACUGGAAUAUUGAAACAGGAGCAUCAAAAUGGGAAGAACCAGAAGAGGGAUUUUUAUCCUUAGCAGAACAGGAGAAACUGAAGAAGAAAGACAAGAAGAGUAAGUCAACUGAAAGCCAGAGCAAAGAAAAGAAGGAAAAUAACAGCACAUCUUUGUCAGCUCCUCCAGUUGUAUAUGGUCCAGCCCAGAAGGCUGAGGCAUAUUCAACAUGGGAAAAAGUUAUAAAAGAUCCUGAACCAGAGGUAGAUUAUCAGCUACCUCAGAUAGAUAAUGAUGAAUAUUAUAGUCCUGAAAUUUCCUUCAAAAAGCCUGAGGUUUCUUUCAAGGAAAAAACAGUUACAUUAUCUGCAAAUGACAAAGGUGGUGGGCAGCCAGUGGCUUUCAAGAAAAGAAAAGCAGCUCAAGACAGUAAGAAAAGCAUGAGGCAAAGAACUAACGAUUUAUGAAUUUUAGUAUAUUUAUAAUAAAUUGUAAUAAA